ACCUACUACUUCGCCUUCGGCAGCAACCUCGCGCUCCAGCAAAUGGCAACGCGCUGCCCCAACAGCAAAUACAUCGGGCGCGCAACCCUCAAGCACUUCCGCUGGCAGAUCAACCAGCGCGGCUACGCCAACGUAGUGCCCUGCCACGGCUUCUGGGUCGAAGGGCUGGUCUACGAAAUCGACGCCGCCGACGAGCGCCGCCUCGACAAAUCCGAAGGCGUCGCCAAAACAUGCGCGCUGUACCGGCGGCCGAUCGCGUGGAUCGUGGAGAAGGGCGGGCCGGCGCGCAUCCUCACCGACGCGCUGAAGGAGGGCGGCACGGCGCGCGAGUUCCGCGGCACCGCGAAGGAGGGCGUGCUGGUGUACUUGAGCCCGGAGUUUGUGCGCGAGGGCGCGCCGAAGCAGGAGUAUGUGAAGCGGAUCAAUAGCGGGAUUCGCGAUGCGCGCAUGCUGGGCAUGACGGAUGAGUAUGUGGAUUAUUUUGUGCGG